CUCUCCUUAUUACACACUAGCUCUCUUGGGACACAUCCUUUUUGUGGCUCCAUUGUUUCCACUAGUUCAUCAAUCUCAGUGCCUCAAUCUAUGAUGUUAGCUAAGUAUACUUUAAGCUGCCUGUGUUUGAAUUUUCUGCUGCUUCUCUCUUUUUCUUCCAGACAUGGGGUCUUAGCUGGCUCCGUGGUCAAUUAUUUACCAGGCUUUUCUGGAGUAUUACCGUUCAAACUCGAAACCGGGUACAUUAGCGUGAACGAGUCGGAGCUGUUCUACCUGUUUGUUCCAUCGCAGGGAAGGCCUAAGGUGGAUCCCCUCUUGAUUUACUUGGUUGGAGGCCCUGGUUGCUCUGCCUUGAAUGCAUUUCUUUUCCAAACUGGUCCAGUACAGUUCAAUACAACAGAUUACACUGGGAGCAUCCCUAGUUUAUCAUUGUAUCCAUACACAUGGACAAAGUCUGCCAGCAUUAUAUUUGUAGAUUCGCCUGUCGGCGCAGGAUUUUCCUACUCAACAAAUCCCGAAGAUUACUACAUUUCAGAUACAGAAACAGUCACUCAACUUCAUUUGUUCCUCAGAGAAUGGUUGCAAGAAUAUCCUCAAUUCAUCAAUAACCAGUUCUAUGUUGUUACUGAUUCAUAUGCUGGUAUAUAUGCUCCGAUCUUGGCACUAGACAUAAUUGAAGGAAAUGAAGCCGGAAUGCAGCCAUUUAUAAACUUGAGAGGAAUCAUAAGUGGCUCUCCACAUACAUUUACGAACCUCGAAGAUAAUACAAAAAUAGCCUUUUAUCAUCAGAUGGCACUUAUAUCAGACAGUCUUUACCAGGCAGCAAAAGAAGACUGUGGCGGGAAUUAUAUAUUCGUACUACAGAACAACACUGCUUGUCUAGAGGAUCUCGAUGCAAUAGAUGAGUGUGUGGAGGAUAUCAACGAGAUGAUGGUGUUAGCACCCAAAUGCAAUACUGUUUCACCAGAACCAAAGGAUGCACAACUUCGGAGAUCUCUCAGAGAAAACAGAAGAAAAAGAAAAGGAGGAAACUUCCCCCUUCCAUAUUCAAAAGAAAACGACUAUUAUUGCGAGGACUUCCGUUAUGUACUCUCUUACAUUUGGGCAAAUAACGAGACUGUUCGUGAAGCUCUUCAUGUUCGAAAGGGAACUGUAAAAGAAUGGCAUAGAUGCAACCUCACUCUCAUUGAUGUAACAUAUGACUAUAAUGUCUACAGCGUCGUAGAUUACCACAAAAACCUCACUGAAAGAAGCAUACAAGUUCUUCUUUACACCGCCGAUCAUGAUGUUGUUGUUCCACAUAUAUCUACUGAGGCAUGGAUGAGCGGCCUUGGCCUCACAUUAGAAACUGAUUGGCGGCCGUGGUAUGUUCAAGGUCAAAUUGCGGGGUACACGCUGAAGUACACAAAUUAUGGAUACGGCUUGACUUAUGCGACUCUGAAGGGAUCUGGGCACUCUCCAACGGAGUGGAAGGGAGAAUAUUGCUUCAAUAUGUUUGAAAGGUGGAUCAAUCGUUACCCUUUGUAGGCGACAAGCGCUUAAGCAUGUGUUAAUUUUAACAGAUUUGGUAUGAGAAAAUAGUCGUGUUGUAUUCUUAAGGUAAGAAUAAAAAAAGGAUUGCUGUGAUUUUUAACUGGAGUUUCAUACUCCUUUCCGUUGAAUAAAUUUUGUCUUGCGCUUCAGAUUUAUGAGUUUCAAACACAAAACUGGACAAAAAAAUUCAGUGUUGAGAUGCCAAUAACCGUUGUCACAAGGGAUACAACUCCUUUCUGAAAGGUGGUGACACUAAGAAGCUCAAAAUUCAAAUUCUGGCAAUCUCAUUUCCCAUCCACAAGCUGUACUAGUUCCCAAAAGAAAAAAAAAGAAAAAAAGAAAAAUCAAGUGUUGAGAUACAGGGGAGGCAUAGUGGCCUUUGGGAUAGUUGGAAAGUAAGAGUGACUUUUAAUUGGGGAAGUACAUACGCAAGUGGGUUGAGCUGUAAUGGGGAUGUUAGGAAGUG